UUAUAUAUUACAUUAGAGGCAUACCUUACAACGACCAUUCAACUCACUGGUCAACAGUAUAUAAUACACAUAUACACCCAUGCAUAUACAGUCAUACAUAUAGAUUGAACGUUGAGAGCUCAUGGGUGAGAAUACGCUGCGCACAUACAUAGAUUCAGCUCGAGAGCAAUGUCACGCUAUCCAGCAUUCCAACACCAGGAGGAGAACGCGACUCCCACCCGCAUACGCACCUACACGCGUCCGAAAGAUGUGGAUUCAAGCAUCAUCAAGAAUCGCGUUAUAAAUGCACUGGGUGAGCGUGCGCCUACGAAUGUGCGGACUCAGCCCGCUACCUACUCGGGUAUACCUACACGCACAGGCACAUCAGCAGAUGUAUUGUUGCAGACUCAGCAGGGUACCUGUCGUGUACCGCUGUACUCACAGGAGGAGGCUGCGGCGAUGGCAGGACAUGAAGAGCGUGUGAAUGGCUACGAACAACCCCACCACAUCAACAGUGCUACGCCAAGGCGUGCCACGGCUGCGGCCAGUACCGCAAGUACUGCGCACUAUGGCGCCAAGAAGACAACGUCUGAGUUGGGGUCAAUGCCGGACAAGCAAAAGGAACGCUAUCUGGUAGAGCAGACCAAGAAGUACAAGCAGGAGAUGGAGGAGAUGAUCCGCAUUAUUGACAAGGGCAUGAACGAGCAGAAGAACUUGCAGGAGAAGCUGGACAGCAAACAGCGCGAGCUCAACAAGAUGAAGGACGCCAAGAAGAUGCUUUCCGAGGAGAAGCUGAGGGUGGGCACGGAAAAUGCCAAGCUCACGCGCAAGGCAAAUGAGUUAGAGACACAGCUAACCAAGCUCACCGAAUACUCGCGCAGAGAGGCAUCGAGUCUCCAGAUACAAGUGGAGAAGUUCCAGAAACGAUUCAAUGAGAGUGUGCUCAACAUGGAGAACCUAAAACGCAAGCACCAGGCAGAACUCGAAGACCGAGUCAACAAUACCAGCAAAACCAACUACAAACUUGAACGGGAACUUUCGGAAUUGAAGAAAGAUCAUAGUGCACUGGAGGCCAAGUUCCGCAUCGUCGUGGAACAGAGCAACAAAGUGCAGAAUCUGCUAGACGAGAAGGAGCAGGCUAUCAGUGAGCUCGAACGCAAACUGUCGACCGCUGACAAGAGACUGGAGAGUGAACGCAAGACCAUGCAACACCUCGAGAGUGAACUAGAGAAGGAGAAGGAGCUGGCCAUAAAAACAUACGAGACACUGCGCACAGAGCGAGAGACUUUACUCAGCGAGUCCACUCUGAGUGCCGCUCUCAAGCAGCAAACAGCCACGCUCGAGCAGAAGGUUGCGGGAGCCUACGAAACACUCAACGGUGAACGGGAUGAAAGGAAGAAGAUCAUUCAUGACAACAAACGGCUGGUGGCAUCACUUGACGAAGAGAAACAACGGCAUGCGCAGGCACAAAAAGCCCUCCAACAGGCUCAGGAUAAACUUGCAAUGGCCGCUGAACACGAGGACGAACACGUUGCGCAGUUGGAAGUCCGAGAGAGCGACGCUAGACAGGCAAUGGAUCAGAUGAGUCAUGAACUGCAAGAAUCUAAAAAUAGAAUCAAGGAGCUCCAGCAGCAGCUGGACGACUGCCGCCAAGCCGAAACCGCCUCAGCCGAGCGAAUAGCCGUGCUGGACUUCAACCUCACAGAGAUGACGACCGAGGCAAAGAAACUCGCAGACGCACACCGCAGAGAUGUGCGCACACAGGAGAGUAUGCAGCAGCAGAUCAACACGCUCACGGAGACACACGCGCAGGACAUGAGAGAGCGGGAUCAGCUCAAGCAACAGCAGAUCGACACGCUCACGGAGACACACGCGGAGGACUUGAGAGAGCGGGAUCAGCUCAAGCAACAGCAGAUCGACACGCUCACGGAGACACACGCGGAGGGCUUGAGAGAGCGGGACCAGCUCAAGCAACAGAACUCGGAGCUAUCGCAAGAGAACGAGCGCAUGGGGAGUGAGCUCAAGGGGCUGUCGCGGGAGUGUAGCCGUGUGGGCGAAGAGUGCAAUCGGCUCAAACGUCAGUGCGAUGGUUUUGCGCAAGAGGUGCACACGUACAAGCAGGAUGUAGCCACGUACAAGCAGGAACGGGAUACGUACAAGCGAGAACGGGAUAGCUACAUGGACGAGUGUGAGACGCACAAACGCGAGUGUGUGGAGUAUAAAGCGGCGUGUGAGAAGACCAGGCAGGAUAGGGAUGAGCGCGUGCAGGAAUGUGACAGCUUGAAGAGUGAGUGUGCGGACUAUAAGGACGCGUGUGAGAGGUACAAGGCGGAAGCGGAGAGGCGGAAGCGGCAGUCUCAGGGCGAGUCACAGACACAGAACGAAACUCGCCAGCAGUAUGAGAAGAAUGGAAGUAUAAGCGGAAGCCAUGAGGCCGCACCGACGAUUUCGGUGGGCCUCACAAACACAGUACGAGCACUUGCAGCAGUAUGA